ACAUAGAACGUUUUAAAGAGCAAGUAAAACGGAAACAGCUGUUAUAUACGUUGGAAUGUACAUGUCAUUCGGGUGCGUAGACAUGCGUCGUCUCUCCUCACGAUGCGUCACGGGCGGUCACGCAUGACAAGAAAGAACCCGAGAGUCGAUCAGUACUUUUGUUCUGUUUCUUGAGAUCUCUGACAGGCUGUACGUCAAAAUUGGACGAAAUUUUUGCUCUCAUAAAAAAACAAAAAUUCCACCUCUAUAUUCACGCGUUACUGUGCGUUACGCGUCGUCGUUAUGUACGUUCUUGCGUGUAAAGAUCAUAAAUACGUAGCACUCGCUAUACUCGUGUCACUCGCGUCGUGCUGUGCUGGCUGGCUGUGUGUAUAUCUAUAGCUGAUUUGCGAGUGUCUCCCAAAGUACUUGUGAAAACUCGCGAGAUAAUAUCGAGACAGAUUGUCUACAUUAUCACAAUCACUGAAAAAUCAAGCUGAUAUGUGUGAGUGAAAAAUUCAACAGAAUCAACUGUCACACUUGUAAAACAUUUGAGUAUCCUACUUGCAAUCUAUCUCAAAAGAGCUAACGCUAAAGUUCUAUAAUUAGUUUAAACGCUUCAAUAUGAUUUAUAACCGCAUGUUGUAAUUAGAAUAUUUUACGGAUAAAUCGCUUUUUAAUAAAAUAACUGUAAAAAUUAAAUGCUACUGUAAAAAUUAAAUGCUAAUCAACUACGAGACGGAGAUAAGUUGUAUAUCAGUUUAUUACGUGUAUAUACAUCCGGAUUAUAUAUAUAACAGACGUCACAUUGUCACUUAAUCUCGUCUCGACAUUGAUCGUUUCGAUAUAAUUGCGGAAACUUUUGGUAACAAAUUAGACGAGUUGAAAAUGCACAUCGACUGAGUGGAAUUUGACCUUUUUACGUUUGAAGAGAAGAAGAGAAACGAAGAGCGACGGAUCAGAUAAUUAUAUUGAGAAAUAAAUGAUAAAAGCAACUGUUAUCAUUAUAUGAUAAGUGUAUUUAAAAGAAGAUCCCAAUUUUUUUCAUCAUGAUUGUCAGAGCUUUAUGUGGUGUCUUCACAGGAAGACAGAUCAUCUCACAUACGUCAUCUCAGCUACUCAAACAUAAUCAAUAUUUGGCUGUCAGACAAUUAGCCAGAAUGUUGUCGGUUCAUCAUGUUACAAAAAAUAUUGAGUUUCUUGCCCAAGAUACAUUUGCUAAGUCAGCUCAGAAGCAGGCUAUAUAUAAUUUGAACGUUGCAAACAAUCGGCCAUUAUUAGUUAUCUUUACUUGGUUGUUGUCAAAAAGACAGCAUGUGAUGAAAUUUGUCAACUUAUACAUGGAGCAAGGUUUCGAUGUAGUUGUGGUAUCUCUCACUCCUUGGCAACUUAUGUGGCCUACGAAAGGAUCCCGACUAGUAGCUGGGGAUUUGUUGAAUUUUUUAAAGCAAAACGAAAAUUAUGAACAAAUUUUGUUACACGGAUUUUCAGUAGGGGCUUAUAUGUGGGGCGAGGCCUUAGAUUUAAUACACAGUGACAAGGAGAAAUAUAAUAACAUUACAGACAGGAUUGUAGGACAAGUGUGGGAUAGUAUAGCUGAUGUUAUGCAAAUCCCAAUAGGUUUCCCCACAGCAGUAUUUCCCAAGAACUUGGUUCUACAGUCUAUGCUGCGAAAAUAUGUAGAAUAUCAUAUGAAGACAUUCCAUAAACAGGCGACGCAAUACUAUAUUCGUUCUAGUCAAGUGUUUCACACCGGUAGCGUACGUGUUCCAGCAUUAUUAUUCGUAAGCAAAACUGACCCAGUCGGAACCGUAGAAAGUAACAUGAGUUUACGUGAUACAUGGAAUUCCUUGGGAAUAAAGACUUACGUGAAAAUAUUUGACGAGUCGCCGCAUGUUGCUCACUUCUACACUUAUCCGAAAGAAUACGUUGCCGUGCUGUAUGAAUUUUUACAGAAACUGAAUCUAAUACAAAAUGAAGAGAAGAUCCGAGCGCGACUUUGAAUAUUUCAAAAGCAAGUCACACCAAUUUUAGCUGAUCGUAUAAAGUAACAUUUUUUUAUACAAUAUAUCGACUUUUGUUUGUGGAUAUAUACUUUGUACACUUACAAUAUUCAUCACUACAUGUAUACAUGUAAUACAUAUAAAACAAUAAAUACAUUUUUAUAUAUUCUCAAAUUCAAGAAGUCGACAAACAAAGAUAUUUAAAAAAAAAACAGAAAAUCACAGGACACUGCCAGAAAAAAAGCAAAUAAAUUUUGU